AUGAGCGCGAGGCUGCUCUCCGCACGCCUUGCGCCUCUCGCUCGUGGCGUCGCAUGGUCGCAGCAACGAGCCGUAUCCAAGAGUAUCAAUACCGUCGCCGGAGGUUUACUUCGCCCGGGCUCCCGAUUGCGCGAACUCCGAACGCUGGAUCGACAUAUUGGCUCGUCCUUUCUUCAUAAUGUACCGGUGGCCCGAUCAAUAUCGUUCGCCCGCUUCAUACCGAAGUUGGUGUCCAAGUUCGCCACUCUUGGGGCAGUAACUGGAGGUGCUGCGGUUGCAGGAUUCACCUAUGUCCAAUAUCAAGCUGCGCAGGCUGGCAACUAUAUGGUCGACGUGUUCCAUAAGACGACCGACCGCGCCGGAUCCUUGGCCAACGAGCUCUACACUGGAGCAGCGGGAGUUCUAAACCAAACGAAGGAAGGAUGGGACCAAACAACGGAUAGGAUAGAGCUACCAGAAUGGCUUCAAAGUCUCCUAAAUGCGUCCGAAUCGGGACAGAGAGGAGACGGGCCCGGCCAAGGCCCCGAAGGCGAUCCGAAACACAGCAAUACCGGUGCAGCGGCCGCCGGUGGUGCGACCGCAGCGUUCGCAUACGACUCGAAAUCGGACGAUGAAGGCACCCAGGAGGAACAAAUCGCUCGCGAUGAUCAAAUGAUGCUGUUGACGCGGAAGAUGAUCGAAAUCAGGGGCCUUUUACAGACCGUAGGGCAGUCGGACACCUUGACUCUGCCGUCCAUUGUCGUCAUCGGAUCACAAUCCUCGGGGAAGAGCUCAGUUUUGGAAUCCAUCGUUGGACAUGAGUUUCUUCCUAAGGGGUCCAACAUGGUUACACGCAGGCCAAUUGAGCUGACACUGGUCAACACCCCUGACUCUCGAGCGGAAUAUGGAGAGUUCCCGUCCUUGGGAAUUGGGAAGAUCACCGACUUCUCCCACAUCCAAAAGACCCUUACCGAUCUCAAUCUCGCCGUCCCUGCCGAACAAUGCGUCUCCGACGAGCCGAUCCAACUACGCAUCUAUUCUCCAAACGUCCCGGAUCUCUCCCUGAUCGACCUCCCCGGAUAUAUUCAGGUUUCCGGACGCGAUCAACCUCCGGAGCUGAAAGAGAAGAUUGCUGAGCUGUGCGAGAGAUACAUCAAGGCCCCCAAUGUCAUAUUAGCCAUCUCCGCGGCGGACGUCGACUUGGCCAAUUCGACCGCGCUCCGGGCCAGUCGGAAAAUCGAUCCCCGGGGCGAACGGACGAUAGGAGUCAUCACGAAGAUGGAUCUGGUCGAUCCGGAGCGAGGAGCGAGCAUGUUGGGUGAUAGGAAAUACGCUCUACGCUUGGGCUAUGUCGGCGUCGUGUCACGUCUCCCGCAAUCCCCUACGUCGAGCUUAUUCCACCGGGGCAGUGGCAACAUCAGCACUGCGAUUCAGAAGAAUGAGCAGUCGUUUUUCUCGUCGCACAGUGAGUUCGGCGCCGAUUCUCAGUUAGACGUGGGAACCAAAACGCUCCGCAAGAAGCUGAUGCGCGUCAUGGAACAGACCAUGGCGGCAAGCUUGAAGUCCACCAGCGAAGCGAUUCAGCAGGAGCUGGCGGAAGCGACGUAUGAGUUUAAGGUGCAAUAUAACGAAAUGCCGCUCAGCGCGGAAACCUACCUCGCCGAAAGCCUGGACGCGUUCAAGCACUCGUUCCGGCGCUUCGCCGAAGACUUCGGUCGGCCGCAAGUUCGCGCGCUCAUCAAGCAUGAGCUGGACCAACAGGUGCUUAACCUGCUGGCGCAACGGUACUGGAACAAACCCCUCGAAGACUUAAGCCCGCCGAUACCGGAGGCGGACUCGUUGAAAGAUCUGCCCAAGGCGGAUCCUGAGAAUGCGUUGUGGCGUCUUAAGUUGGAUGCGUCCACCGGCUCCUUGACCAAGCUUGGGAUCGGGCGACUAGCGACCACCGUGGUCGCGAACGCAUUGCAGAUGCACGUCGAACAACUCAUCACUUCAUCCUCUUUCUCCGCGCAUCCUUUCGCACGCAAAGCCAUUACCAACGCCUCGGCAUCGAUCCUCAGCGACUUGUCGUACGAUAUCAGCGACGAACUUGAGAUUUGCAUCAAACCAUACAAAUACCGGAUUGACCUGGAAGACGCUGAAUGGAAACGCGGUCGCGACACCGUUUCCGACGUGUUGAAAGAGGAGCUCGAGGUCUGCCGAGCCGCGAUGAAGAAUGUAGAGACUGAAAUGGGGGGAAAGAGGAAGCUGAGGGAUGUGUUGACAUUUAUUGACCGCGUUCGAAGCAGCCAAAUCGUCCUUGAAGGCACCGGGGCAGGAGGAGCCGGAGGAUUCAGUGCCUCCCUUCUCAGAAAAGGUCAAGAGGCCGUCUUCCUGCGCGAUCGCGCCGACGUCCUACAGAUGAGGCUACUUGCCGUGAAGUCCAAGCAAUGCGCUUCCAAAAAGAACAAAUACCACUGCCCGGAAGUCUUCUUAGACGCUGUAGCCGAUAAACUUACGACCACCGCGGACCUUUUCUUGGAUGCCGAACUACUCUCCAAGUUCUACUAUAAUUUUCCACGGGAGCUCGACAACAGAUUAGGACGCGACCUGUCGAAAUCGGAGAUUGAGCGCUUCGCCAGCGAAGACCCUAAGGUCAAGCGCCAUCUGGAUGUGGUGCGGCGCAAGGACCUCCUGGAGCACGUCCUGAAAGAGAUGCAAGCGUUGCGACAACUGGAAGCCCGAGAAAAGCGGUCCUUGCGAACCGACGGCAAGCGAUCGAAGGGCUGGACCUUGUUCUAGGUGGUUUGGGGCAUGCUUAUGUUCCCCUGGAGUGGCGCAUAGACCGGAUGAUACCAUAAGUUCGAGCGGAGAAGAUGGAGGGUUCGCAUCAACGGCUGCGAGCCGUUUUGUUCUUAGCUUCACUCAGCUCAUUUAUGUUGGCAGCGAUAUUCUUGAAGGUAACGAGAUCCUUGUAUGGAAUUGGGUGAUACCAUUAAACAAUAAAAUGGUUCCAAGUCGACUUUGGGGUGCUUAACUGCUGAACUCUUCCGAGUUGAUAUCCUUAAAGUUCGUAUGUGAUAUGGCUUAAGUACUAAUGAUAAUCCGUUUCCACGUUGCAGUGGCG